GCGCGCCCCUUCUCCUGCUGGCUGCCUGGAAGUGGCGUACGUGCAAAGCGGAGCCGGAGUGUGGCGGCGCAAGCUCCGCCCCCUCCGCCUCGGCUCAGGCAGCCGCCGCAGAAGCCAGAGGGGACGGGCAACGGAGAGGUUCGCCGGGCGGCGGCGGCGGAGGCCGGCUUCCCUUCGUCCCCGCUGGGUUGGAUGAGGGGGGGAGUCUCGCCUGGAGGCUCUUCCCCCCUCCCUGACCCGGCUGCUAUGAGGCGGGCGGCCGCCGCCACAGAAGUGACCCUCCGGAGCGGCUGACGAGAGGGCGGCAGCGUGAAGGCUCGGCGGCUGUCCUCCGCCCACCAAGAACGGAGCGGGAAGCGGGCGAGGCAGCGGGGCCGCGGCGCAGCUCUGGCGGAAGCGGCCAUGAUACAGUGAGCGGCUCUCCUCGGAGGCCGCAGAGAGACGAGGGCGCCUGAGAAGAGGGACACGACAAUAUGGCCAAUGACAGCGGUGGGAGUGGCGGAGCGGGGCAAGGCGGCGGCGGCGGCACCAGCAACGGUGGCGGCGGCACAAGCACCGCCAGCAGCGAGCGGGACCGGCAGUAUUGCGAGCUGUGCGGGAAGAUGGAGAACUUGCUGCGUUGCGGGCGCUGCCGCAGCUCCUUCUACUGUAGCAAAGAGCAUCAGCGCCAGGACUGGAAGAAGCACAAGCUCAUCUGCCGGGGGAGCGGUGGCGCGGCAGGGGGCGCCGCAGAGCGCCGAGGCGGCGACGGCGACCAUGCCCACCCCCACCCGCAGAGCCACGCUCCCCUCUCUGCCGCUGCCGCCGCAGCGGCAGGAGGGGGAGGCGGCGGCGGCGACGGAGAGGUGGACUGCAAGGAAGGCGCGGCCGCAACAUCGAAGAAGGCGACGGCGCUGCCUGCCAAGCCAGAGCCGGACACCAGCGCGGAAGAGAGCGCAGCGGCUGCAGUAACCAAUAACCACGUUGGCCAGCUAGCGCCAGAGACCCGCGGGCAGGAAGAGGAGGACCGGGAAGUGGCGGCGGCCGGGGAAGGCGGGCUGCUGCUCUACGGCGGGGGUCCCAGCGUGGCCGGAGGCGCGUCCCUGCGCCCCAACGGGCAGAUGAAGUCGCUGGUGCCUCAGCGGCUGGCGCUGGAGUACAUCGUGCCCUGCAUGAACAAGCAUGGCAUCUGCGUGGUGGACGAGUUCCUGGGCAAGGAGCUGGGCGGGCAGAUUGCGGAGGAGGUGCGCGCUUUACACCACACCGGCCGCUUCACUGACGGGCAGUUGGUCAGCCAGAAGAGCGACUCCUCCAGGGACAUUCGCGGAGAUAAAAUCACCUGGGUCGAGGGAAAGGAGCCCGGCUGCAAGACCAUCGGGAAGCUCAUGAACAGUAUGGACGAUCUCAUUCGCCAUUGCAAUGGCAAGCUGGGCGACUACAAAAUCAACGGCAGGACGAAAGCAAUGGUCGCUUGUUAUCCAGGCAAUGGAACAGGAUAUGUGCGUCACGUUGAUAAUCCAAAUGGAGAUGGAAGAUGUGUCACAUGUAUAUAUUACCUUAAUAAAGACUGGGAUGCCAAGGUAAAUGGCGGUAUUCUGCGAAUAUUUCCAGAAGGCAAAGCCCAGUUUGCUGACAUUGAACCUAAAUUUGAUAGACUGCUAUUUUUCUGGUCUGACCGCCGCAACCCUCAUGAAGUACAGCCUGCGUUUGCUACAAGGUAAGAU